AUGGACCAGCUCCAACCCGUUCACGCGGUUGCUGACAACCUGCACCAUAGCAGGGCGAUAUACUUCGAUGGCCACUUGCCCCUGGCAAAACGCCGCGUUCGCAUGGAGAGGCUGCUGAGGAGCACUGCGCAAAUCGCCCAUCUGCACUCGAGCAACCCUCGAGGCUGUCCAGCGAGGCAACUCGCCCAGGGGCCCGAACCCGAGAAGGCAGACGUGUUUGCAACGGGAGCCGUUGCAUCCCGGUCUUUCGCGGACCCCGCCUUUCUUGUACCAGCUGUCAUUGAAGCUCUGAGAUCAUGCACCCAGUACAGAGAACGGGUACUCAUGGUGCCUGGCGAGGCAGACACAUUCUGCGCAAGGCAUGUCUUGUCGAGUGGCGGGCUUGUUCUGACCUCAGACUCUGAUCUGUUGGUGCACGAGCUUGGCGACGCCGAGGUCGUCUUCUUUCGAGAUAUCCAAAGACGCGCUGGCUCCGCUAUCCUGUGUGGUAGCUAUGGACCCAAGCGCAUCUGCGAAAAGCUUGGACAGCCGUCGUCGGACGGCCUCGUCCGGCUGGCGUACGAGCAGAAACGCUCACCGCACGCAUCGAUGGCGCAGAUACUCCGGGCUUGCUCGUCGGCUCUGUUACACGAGAACGAGUAUGCUCAGUUCUGCAGCGAGUAUCGGGGCUCGGAGAUCAGACAACUUUCGCUACCCACUGCCGCAGGCCCGCUCGAGAACGGUAGCCUUGAUCCGAGGCUGGCCGAGCUUGCCAUUCAGCUCCACUCGGCCUCGGGCAUCGCAGGUGACGCCCACAUGUUCCUCCCUGUACUUACAGAGAACCCUGCUCGAGGCAGUGCGUGGGAGCACAGCACCGUUGUGCGGCAGCUGGCCUACUCCCUGCUGAUCGGCCCGGACCCCGCCCUCGCGGUCUUGGAGUUCAGACGGAUCCAAAGCACAUCUCAGAAAGGCAGGCGCGUUGAAAUUGACAACGCCGACCUUCAGCAGUAUCUCGGUCAGCUUCUGUGCCUCCUGCAGGAGGUGUCCGUAAUUAGUACGAUAGACGAGUCGCGAUUCUGGUUACUGGUGUGCCUGGGUCUCGAUGUGGUCGAAUGCCGGAGGAGAGACAAGGAAUCGCUUGCCUGGGCUGCAUUCCGGCAAGUCGCCAAAUCGCCAGCUGCCAAUAAUAGCAGCAUUCCCUGGGAUGUUGUUCACGCCGUGGCACAGCUACAAGCCAUGUGCUACUCUUUCCACUUGCUUCGCCAGGCGUUGUCGGUCUGCUCUGCUCGUGGACGGGACAAGACUCUGGCAGAUGUUAGGCAACUGCAGCCCUACCUGGACCAUCUGCCUCCGCUGACCGACUUCCCGGAUAUCAACAGUUUCAAUCAGAUCCGAAAGCUACCGGGACAUGGUAGUCUUGUCAUGAGCCUUGAACAAUGCCUCAGCUUGCCAGCCCUCCGCCAAGACAUUACAGGCCGUGAUAUCAGCGCCACAAAUAAUGGUCUUGGGAAGCCUGCCGACGGAAGAACUCUACGCACCAGGUCGGAUCGCACGGCGGGGCAAAAUAAGUUCGACAUUUUGUCGUUAGAAGAGUAG